AUGUUAAGAUCCUUGGACGCCAACGGAUUCCCAGGGGAUCCGGUAUCUCUGAAUGCUCUGGCCACUAGUCCUGGUAGCAAGUUCACAAUUGGACGCAACCCAGACAGCAACCUGCUGCUUGAACAUCCUGAUUUCCCUGCCCUGAUCUCACGGUCCCACGCAGAGUAUAUCGACCGCAGAAAGUUGGAGAGGGCAGUAUUGACAGAGGUCUACGAUGGUGGAAAGAUCUACUUUGGUGGCACGGACAAGAUCUUGAAGGACGGCAGGCCAGAGCAGAACCCCUUCGCAUUUGUGGUGCACGGAGUUUCAGCGCUGCUCCAUGAGGCUCGUGCAGCUGCAGCUGCAGCACGAUCACCCACUGCUCAAGACACUCAGGAGGCAGCACCGCAGCUAGCACCAGAGCCAGUGGCUGCAGCACUCUCACAUGAGCAGCCGCAGCAGCAGCAGUGUGCAAGCCAACCUCCAACAGUGCAGGCAGUACCUCCUCAGCAGCAGAUCCCUCCCCAUCCCCAACUUGCAGAGCAGCCAGCUGCAGGAGCUCCUGUUGCAGGGCCUCUUGCAUCACCUGCAGCUGGCGAGCAGCCUGCUGCACCUGCUUUGCCAGCCCCAGUUGCAGCCUCGCAGGGCCCUGUCGAUCUGACUGGGACCCCUGGAAAUAUCACGCACUCCGCAACAGCCCAUGCAAGGGUGAAUGAGAUUGUGGAUCUCACUAUCGACGAUGAUGGAGGUGGCAGCCCUUUGCGACAGCGUCUGUCCUUCUCUCAGCAGUUGGCGGGGAUGCCGGUGUCUGUCACCAGCUCCGGCUUGGAGAGGGCCCGCAAACGCAAAGAGGCUGCAUUGAGCCUGGAAGUGGCGGAGGAGACAGUGGGCCCCAGUGGGGAGGGGACCUCAUCUGGUGCCAGGGCGGCGGCGGCGCCGUCGUCUCGGAGCGUGCUGAGUAAGCUGGAGGAUGAUUUUGAAUGCGUAGUGUGUCAAGAAAUGCUGGUGUGCGCGCACACCCUUGUCCCCUGCGGCCACGUGUUCUGCGGGCAGUGCCUCAUGGGCUGGCUGCAUAAGGCCGCCAACUGCCCCAAUUGCAGGACGGAUGUGACGGCCCCGCCGGUGCCAGCGCUGCUGAUCAACAACAUGGCGGAGGGGCUGGAGGGCAGGCUCGCCCCCGAAGACGCGGCCGAGCGCGAGCGCCGCAAGAAGCAUUGGAAGGCCGUGUCGGGCUCCGCUGUGGCAACCUGGAACGCCAUGUUUGCCGGCGGCAGGGCAACCGGCGCGCGCAGGGCACAGCAACGGGGCACUGACUUCUUCAACCGCAUUGGCGUCCAGGAUGUCUUCCUCCAGUGGAGCAUACCGCGAUUGGAGCAAGGGUUGGUACCGCCGCCAGUGCCGCCGCCGGCGCCGCCAGCGCACCCGCCGCCUCCCCGAGGUCGGCCAAUUCCCGGCAGGGCCGGUUUGCGCCGCUCUCCGCGCAGCCAGCUGGCUGCAGCAGAAGCUCGCAACGCCAGGCAGCGCCAGUUGGACGGCGGUGCAGCCAUGGCAGUGGCAGAGGCCGCCCUGGCGCCUCCGGCCGGCGGAGGCGCAGCUCAGAGGGCCGCCCCGGGCGCGGCUGGAUUCCAGUGGGGGCAGCAUGAGCUGGUGGAGCUGCAGCGCAUCCAGGAGAUGCUGGGAAUGACCCACGGCGUCAGUGUAGAGCGCAGGCGCGCGUCGCUCGAGAGGCUGCGGCAGGCGCAGGAGGUCCGGGGACUGCCGAGGCUGCCACUGCGGGCCCCGGCAGCGGUUGAGUUUGGGGUUGGCUACCACGCCGGCAGCCGCGCCACAUGCUCGGGCUGCGAGGUGCUGAUCACGCCGGGGACGUGCCGCCUGCACCAGUCGCGGCGCAUGCCCACGGGAGUCAUGUCCACGCAGUACUGGCACCUGCACUGCUAUCCGUCCUGGGAAACCCAGAGGCACACGCUGUUCGGCAUCGAUGCACUCCACCCUCCUGACCAGGCAGAUGUGCAGAGGCGCAUCAUGGAGGCACGUGGUGGCGUCCUGAGGCAGUGA